AUGGCCGAAUACGUAUCGCAAAUUGCUCAGCUAAGAGCGAAGGUCGCCCGGGGCGGAGUUAUAGACUUUGAGCCGCACUAUACGGUUGCUAAGAAAGUCAUUGAGAGCCUAUUGCCUAGCCACAUGCAAGAGGCAAGGGAGUAUGUGACAGAGCGGAUGCUAUGGGAGAUGUUCUUCCGCGACCCCUUUUGCGGCGUGCCACUUAACAAAUUUGCCUGGCCAACUGUCACCCAACAAGCACUCUUCACCCGUUACAGCGCGGCUCUAACAGAGAUGAUGGUGUUACCUGGUGCCUACAGCGACUUGCCACAGAGCGACAUCUCCCAGCUGGACCAGACGAUCAACUUGCUGCAGCGCAGUCUCGAAACCUCAAAGAAGAUGAUUGAUGACGGCAAUCAGACAGAGGCACAGCUAAAUAUUCAGAUCGCUGAGGCCCUUAACCUCGAGGGAGAAUUGAGAACCGAUAUCGCUGAGGCUCGUAACCUCGAGGAAGGUUUGAGAACCGAGAUCGAGGUGCUUCUAAGACGCAUUUCCAAGCGGGACCAGACGGUCAGCUUGCUGCAGCGUAGUAUUGAAACAUCAAAGAAGAAGAUUGAUGACGGCAAUCAGACAGAGGCACAGCUAAAUAUUCAGAUCGCUGAGGCAAAUUCAACAACCGAGAUCGAGAUGCUACUAGGAAACAGAGCUCCGACGGUUAACGGUAAGGAAGACUAUUUAUUCGCGCAGGUAGGCGAACUUAUGGUUCAGACGAAGCAGAAAAACGAGGAGGUCCAGACUUUAAAUAAGGAACUUAAUAGUCUGAGGCGCUCCCAGAACAAGUUGACGAAGUCGAAUGAAGGGUUGGCCGACGAGGUGAAAAAAUUAAAGCUCGAAGUGAGGGAUGCGCGGAAGAAACAGAAAGUGGUGGAGCGUACCCUUCAAAAGAAUCAAAAGCAGUCUGAGCCCAAUCUCCAGAGUAAGGGCAAGCCGAGUGAGCCAAAGCAUCCAUUCGGGGAUUGGGGAGCCCAAUAA